AUGUAAUGGAUUCGUGAUUACAUGAAUUUGAUCAUUUAGACCAAUCUAUCUCCAUCCAUAAAUAAUAUCAAAUUGACUGCUUUAUAGAUUCUCAUUUAUCAUUUAUAGCUCACUCAUUUUAUAACAUAGCAGUAUGAUGAGAAUAUUUUCAGAUUGAUUAAAGCGCUUUCAGAAAUCAGCAUAUUGACAACCCUAUUCUAAGAUAUUUACGCAAUUAACAUAUUGACGGGGGUUCUAUUGGCUAUUCUAAAUGUCUUGCCUUAUCUUAUAAUUUUACAUAGAAAAAUCAGAAGCGAAAACUAAAACGUAGAUAUCAUAUCAAAAUCGAUCUUAAAGUCUGCCACAAAGUUAGUGAAUUACUAUUUCCUGUAUUUCACUUGGCUUCUCUACCUUCCUCAAAUGCAUUACAUAAGUUGGAACCUGAUGUGUUAAAAUGAUCUAUUGCUUUUGAUAUUGGCAUUGCUGAACUUGCUCUUUUCAGUAGUAUCCCUGACUAUUUCGAACAUCUAUUUCAUAAAUUUCGAAUUCAACGAACUACAACUGAGAAAACAUUUCACCUACAAUAAUUGCGUGGCGCAGUUACUAAUCAUUCCAAUGGCCAUCUUGAAUCAGAGCUAAGAUCAAAUGAUGAACAUCAUCAGUAGAACUAUACAUGGAAUAAUCAUACUAAUAUUGUUUUACGAAGCUUAUUUUUAAUUACCUUUUGGAUUUUCCAAAUAUUCAAUCAUUUACAAUAGAUUGUUAGUGAUGCAUAUUUUGGUAUUCAUUUUCACUACAAUCAUGUACAAAAAUCCAGAAUUGCGUUACAGUCUCUCUACCCUAAUGCUGGUCACUCAACCAAUUACUUAAUAUUUGUUUCAUGUCUUAAUGCAAGAUAAGAGAUUAAAAACAUACCAUAAUACAAUGAAUUAAUACUAGGAACUGCUGAUCAUAGAAGACUUCUUUGAGAUAAUAUAAGCAACACAGAGGAGUAAGAAGAGAACGAUAGAAUUAAUAUAGAAAUUUAGUUUGCAUUUUAAUCGAUGCUAAUCUGUAAAAUGUUAAUGCCGUAGAUUUGGAGCCAGUGGAAUAUUAAGGUGGGAUGAUGCGGUUAUUUUAACAUCGUGUUUAUUUAGGAUAGGAUUCGAAAAACAUAGGAGCGAUUACAAAAACCUAGAAAUUUAUAGUCUAAAAUUCUUAACCUUCAUUAACAAGUAUAGGAAUAAUGCUCCGAAGAGUUAUUAAGAAUUGAAGAUCUUAUUUUAAAAGAAGAGAGAUUAUUCAUUUUAUUUCAUUCAGAUUUGUCUACUAUUGCAAUACAUUCUCUAAGCAUAGAUGCAAAAGGACGAAGACUAUAAUAUAAAUAAAGAUACAAGGGUGUCGAAUGUAAAGUUAUAAGUCAGUAAGAGUGAAAGAAGCAUAGUAUAGACACUAUACUAAAUGGAAUAAAUAAAACAGAACAUUCUUCCUUUGUUGAUGUAACUCAGUCAUUUUAAGAUCCAAUUUUGGAAGAGCUAUUUGGCAGGUAAAUUUGUUAGUUUUUCCGAUAUUGAGCAGCAAGUUUAGAAACUACAACUACUCAAACAUUAAAUUCUAUACUAAUUAAAGGUCUAUCAACCUAUUUUCUAUAACAAUGGAAGAACCUUUAAUGUACAAUUCCUAAAAUAUAGUGCUUUGAUUGAUUUGUUAUUAUUUAACAAUGUGAGAAAAUACUUUGAGUUGGAAAAAGAGAGGAGAGAGAUUUUGUAGUAAGAGAAAAGUAUGAAUACCUUUGAAAUUACGAAUAUCAAUUUCUUUAAAGGGGAGGCAAUAUCCGUGAAAGUAUGUAUAGCUUAAGGGCCGAAUAUAGGUAAAGUGCUGAAUGAAGUUAUUUCACCAUUAAUACCUAAGUUUUUUGGAUUUGGGCAUUUUGACAAUCCAUUGGAGGCAUUUCUUGAUUACACUAAAGGGAAUAUUAAUACUCUGAUGCCUGCCUGGUUAUCACCUGUGCACGAUGAGAUAAUGCAAAAUUAUAUCAGAAGGGGAGGAACAGCCAGAAUAGGUAAGUACUUUUAGACAUUUGCAAAGAUUUACGAUUAGACAUUAAUUCGAUGUUAGGUGUAUCUUGCACACAAUUUUAGUAAGGAUUUAACUGAUGAUUUCACAAUGAUAGGGUGUCUUAAGUCAUUGGAGGAGUAGCAACCAAAAGUAUCAGUAGAGGAAGCAAAGAAAUUGAAGAAUGUAGUAUUUAAGGGAGUACAACACAUUCUUUUUGAUGUUAAUGGAAAUAUUUUAGGAGUGACUUAGGGUCUAUUCAAAAUGAUAGAUAGAUUGCAAAGAUUAAGAGCUAAUUAAAACUUAUCUUCGCUUAAAUAGCCGAGUGUAGAGAAGAGCAGAUCAGAAAUAUCUUCUUUAGAAAGUGAGAGUUAUGAUGUUUAUGAUUAACAAUGGUCGAAUUCCAUUUUAACCAUUGAUGACUUUUAUAAUAAGGUAUUGAUAUGGAUGCUUCUGCCUUUCAUUUGUAGAGAAAUUGAAUAAACAGGGAUUGAAUAUUUGAUGGAUGGUGAGACACCUCCAAAAAAUAGAUAUCCAAAUUUGAUUGAUUUAGAGAAUAGUAACAAUGUGGUUAGUAAUAAAGAGACCUACUUAUUUGUUCCAGAGGACUUGCAUUUGUUUGUGUAAUAAUAUGAAAAGGCCUUGUAGAAGAUUAUAGAUGAUACUCGCGUUUAAUCCAACAACUUCUCAAGUGGUAGUUAGUAUAAGGGGUAGAAGUAUGAUCAAGAGAGUGAUUCGGUCAGUGUCUAAUAGGCAGUUAGCAUUUUUAAUGAGAAGUUGUGUGCAUUUUUCUAUGAUGAACAUUUGAAAAGACAUCAAGCAUUGCAAUUUGGAACAACUAGACAAUCAGAAAUGUAGAAGACUUCAGUCAAACCACAAUCUUAAACCUAAGUUUCCAUUCCAAGUGAAGAAGACAGUGAAUAACUUAAAACAAGAGCAGAGAAAAUCUAUUAGGAUAAGUACACAAAAUACAUUGAAAAAAUUGUUCCUCAGGAUUUCAAUCCUGUACCAGUUUACUAUUCAGUUAAUUAUGAAGAGUAUAGAUACAAAAAGAAUGAUAUUGAUUUGAAAUAGUAAAUGUUCUUAAUUGAAUUAAUUGUGAAUGAAUAAUUACUACUGACAACUAUGGGAUACAAAAGAUAAGUGAGAGACACGAUUAAACAAACCUUCUAAAACUAUCAAUCUAAACGGUAGUUAAUAGAAUAGCAAUUGUAAACUGAAGAUUCCAUUAGCGUCUAGGGAAAUAUCAGUGAAUAAAGAAGUGAUCAUGAUGCUGAAGUGACCAAUUAUCUAUUUCCAUCACAUCCCUCUCAUUACUUUGAAGACAUCUACAUAGACUCAUAAAAGUUGGAUCAAUUAUCCAGUCCUUUUAAGUAAAUGGAUAAUGCUCAAUUAUUAUCUAGUCGAAGUGAUGAAGUUGAAAUUCAAUAAAAGUUUACUCUCAAUUCAUAAGAAUCUUUAAUUAAAAACACAGAAAAGUAAGUCACUACUAUGAAUUCCAAAGCAUUUGCUAAGAAAAAAUAAUAAGAUUUCUUUAAUGAAAAUGACAGCAAAUUGGCUAUGGACAGUCGAGCAUCAUAAUAAUAAAUCUAAGAGGAAUACUAAGUCAAAUAUUCAGAAAACCUAAAAUUAUUUGAUUCUAAUUAUAAAUCGACCUUAUAAAAAAUUGAAGAUUUCAUAAACCCAACUACAUUUAGAGUACAAAAAUAUCUGCUUUACAUUGUCUUAUUCUUAAUUGUAGGCUAUAUCAUUCUACUGACCAUAGCUGUGUACCAGAAAUAUGAUUUUGGAGAUUGUCUCAAUCUAAUAGAUUUGAUGUUGUCUACCUAAAAAGCCUACUCCUAAAUUACACAUGGACUGUAUCGUAUAGAAUUGGAUUCUUAAUUCCAAAUGGAUGUAAAGAUGAGAUUGUUCUAUUUAUAAUAGGUAGACUUAGGUUUGCAGGACUUCAUCAAUUUGCAAAGCAAUUAAUUAUUUGAUAUCAACUAGGUAGAGUUUAGUGUAAAUUAAUUUUACAAUGUUGAGGAUGAAUUAAUCCAAAAACCAACGUUAUAAGAGACUAUUUAAAUGAGUUUAGCCCAAUUUUAUAAAAUUAGAAAUAAUACGUUACUGAAUCCAAGUAUUACUCAAAUUGCUGUUGCUAAUUUAGAGGAAAUUGGGUAAUUACCACAUUUAGCAUUUAACUAUUGUUACGAUGAUAAAAUAACAAAUGAAGAAUAAACCCAAUAAUUAUUGACCAUUUAUAUGGUUGUAAUCUUCUUUCUGGUUAUGCUAUUGCAAUUUCUAUAAAUUCCAUUAAUCUCAAGAUUAUCUAACGAUCAUCGUAGAUUAUACAAAGUUGUUAUGAAAUUGUAAAUAUAUGAAGUACAGGAUGAGAUCGAGACAUAUGAGUAAGUGUAAUCAAUUUUUAAGAAAUCCUUAUAUGAAUGGAUGUUGAUUGAUUUCGUUUCAGAAACAAGGAUGUUUGAGAGUAGCGUUGAGAAUAUGCAAUACCAUAAUCAACAACUAACGGAUCAAAGUUAAACCUAGCUUUUGAAUACAAACAAUAAGAAAAAUAAAUAUAAAUUAUACGAAAAGUUAAAACGGUAGCAUAUCAAUCAAACCAGAUACAUUAUUAUUUUGUUGAUAGGACUCUUUGUUAUUCUGGCUUACUUCUUGAUUAUCUUCUUUGUUAUUUUCGUACUUUCCUAAUAGUUACUAGCUAACAUAGAUUUGUUAUUUAAUUUUAAAUUGGCUCAAUCUUCUUUUAUGAACAUAAUCCAUAAUAUGGAUCUAAUAAGUUAUCAGACUUAUGAUUAAGAGAGAUUCAUAAACAUUAUGAGUCAAGUGUAAUUUAUCAAUUAUUCUUAAGAAUUAAGAAGUGAUAAACAAGAUCAAUUCAUAGAGUUCAACAAUAACUUCGUCUCAAUUAUAAGUGAUCAAUAAUUAAAGACAAAUCUAGAAGCUUUAAAUUAGGAUGAUAUUUGUUUGUAAUCUGUGGGAAUCCUGUGCAAUGAAACAUAGACUUAUCUUCAUAAUCCUAACAUCAUUCAAUACUACCAUCAUGGGAUGAAAUAUUUGAUCACUCAAAUUAACAAAAUUAUUGAAUCUUAUCCUUAGUUCUUUUACAAUAAUUAUGGGAAUAGCACUCAAGAGCAUCUGAGUGACUUCUUCGAUGGUUUAGAACACACCAUUUACAUUGAUUAUGGAAGUGACAUCUUAGUUGAAGCAUACGAUAAAGUUGUCACAACUGCCCAGGAAUAAUUCGAUAAGUCUUUGUCAAUCUACAAGGAAACUUUGAUGAUAUUUAUCCUGAGUGUUGGAGUGCUGGGAUUGUCAAUCAUUUGGAUUUUAGGAAGAUUAUUAUUGAAAAUGUAAGUGGAUUCAAUAGGGACUUGUUAAACAUCAUUAUUAUUAAUAUCUCCCAAAAGAUAUUUGAACCAAAAUAUAAUCCAAAUUGCAUAGAAAAAAAGAUGA